UGAACGGAUUGUUUUGGAGUUAAGCAGCUUUUCUGUGAGAAGCAUAAAAAGUAGAUGGGGUCAGCCUGUUAAUGUUCUAAUGUGAUAAUGUUCUAAUUAGGGAUGCACUGAUACCGAUACCAGUACUUGGGUGUCAGCCCAAUACUGUGCUCAUGUACCCAUACUUGUAAAACUACCCCGAUACAACCGCACCGAUACCACUUUAUGACAACGUGACCUAGCCUAACCUCUCGUCAGUUGAGCAAGUAGUCGGAAGAGGAGCAAUGUCAGCAAUUUGGAGAUAUUUUAAGAUAAGUGAUGAUGAUAAAAGUAGAGCAGACUGCAAACUAUGCUCUGCUAAACUGUCAAGAGGAGGGGUAAAAAAUAGCUCAUUUAACACAAGCAAUUUUGAUUAAACAUCUAAAGAACAAACAUAACACCGAGUGCAAAGAAUUUGCUAAUGCUAGCAGCGAGAAACAGCAACAAACCAACUUUGCAGCAAACGCUGGAGAAGAGAGAAAAUGUCCAGAGACAACCCACGAGACUUUUGACCAAAGAAACAGACGAGGACCAUGGCAUCAAAACAAUGAAGGGAACCCUAGCUACAGCCGUCACGAGACACAGAAAAAAAAAAACCCACUACUGCAUUGCAACUGUACUCGAUCCGAGGUAUAAAGGUCGUUUUUUCUCAAACAUCAACACUGCUACAGAGGCUAAAGAGAUGGUGAUGCAGGAGCUGCAGAAGGUGUCUGGAGGAGAGGCAGACAAGCAUGAGGAUCUCGGGGAACCACCUGCCAGAAAGCUAUACAAGGCCCAGGCCAGCAGCACUCUGGACAGUGUGUUUGAUGAGAUAGCAGAUGCGCAAGCAUCAAGAUCACUGAGCAGUGCACCAGUGGGUGCUGCCAUUCAGUUAGAGAAAUACCUUGGAGAGACCACAACUUCUCGGGAAGACAAACCACUGCAGUACUGGGGGGUUAACAAAAUGCGGUUUCCCACUUUUGCCCAGAUGUCACGCAGAUACCUCUCGGCACCAUGCAGUAGUGUGGAAAGUGAAAGGCUGUUUAGCUCAGUGUCAAAAACAGAAACAGGCUCACAGCUGUUAAUGCAGAGAAGCUCCUUUUCAUCAAAAAGAACCUGCCUCUCACUUUUCCAAAAAAGCCUUUAGUCCUCACAGACACUAACCUAUUAUGACAUAUCACUGCACUUGUUCUAUUAUGUUGGGUGAUACUGAAAUCCACUGUGUUACAGGUUACAUUUAUGUGAAAUGGGCAGCAGUGCCAUGUUUGUUCAGAAAAACAAAAAGUUGAAUGUUAAAAUGUCAGCAACAGCAAGUUGUAUACUUAAUUUGUUACAGUCAUAAAGUGAAGAACAGCUGAUGAAAAUAAAACAUUGUAAGAACUAUAAUGGUAUAACUGAAGUACUCAUAUCGGUGCUUGGUAUCGGCAAGUACCCAAAUGUAAGUACUUGUACUUGGUCUGGAAAAAAAGUGGUAUCGGUGCAUCCCUAGUUCUAAUGGCGAACCCUACUCAAUAUUCAAACUAUUCAUAUUUUACUAGCAAACAAUUUUGGUUUGUAAUUUGCUGGGGUAGAAUGUAAGCUAAUUACCCACGAU